GCAGUUUAACAUCCCUCUCCACAAAGCUUUCAGAAACACACUCGACAUUCCCACUACUCUUCGUCUUCGCGCCUUCUGGAAACCCCGGCCAACUCUGGGCAGUUUGUCUCAGCCCUAAAGGUAGGAGAUUGAAGAAGGACAUGGCGGAAGAAUUUGACAACUUGCUCAACCCUGAAUUCGACGAACAACCCUUGUUUACCACUAAGAAAAGGAAAAAACUAAUUGGCUUAGAUGAUCUUUUUAAUGACCACAAGAAGAAGCAAGACAAAACAAAGAAGGGAAAGUCUAAGGCUGUGAAAACUCGGAAUGUUUGUGAAUCAGAUGAUGAUGAUGAUGAUGCUAAUGAGACAGCCAGUAAACUAACUGAAGCCCUUCAAAAUUUUAAGAAGACGAUAUCAGAAGUUGAUGAGGAUAUUGGGGCCUUAAAUGAUAUUGGACGGGAAGGUAUUUCCUCGAAUUGGGGUCUGCAAGUUUUUGGAACUCAGAGAAGUCCAUCACCCUUGGCUGUUCCUCAUCUAGAAGGUUGCUCACUGUUACAGAACUCUAUGAACAAUGUACUCGAUGCACUGUUGGAUGAUAGCUCACAGAUGGGAGAGACAUUUCUUGAAGGAUUACUCUUGAAUGGCUGGCUUUCAAAAUUGGUUAUUACCCGUGGACAUCUGGAAGAAUCAAUAGGAAAAUGGACUGUUAAUCUGUUGUUAUACUCUUCAGAGGAAUCACUAAUGGCUUCUGCUUGUGACUUCUGGUGUGCCAUUUUUUGCAACGAGGCUGAUGCGCCUGUGGUUAAGGUUGAAUGGCUUCCCGGCUUUGUGGAAUUAAACAGAGCUCUUGACAGCUUUGGAUUUCAGAUGCAUUUGCCAAAGAAAAUCUCGUCUCCUGCAGACCCAACUCUUGACAGUUCUAAUCAUAGAGGACCACCAACUAAUAUCAGAACAUGGAUCAAACUUGCAAAUGCUUGCUUUCAAGUAAGGCGUAGAUAUUUGGCAUUGUCAAAACAGGAAGCAGAAGAGCUCAUAGGAAUGCUUAUAUGCCUCUUUCUGGAAAGGAAAUUACUAGGCUUAACUGGAGCAUUGCAUGAUUGCUUGCUAUCAGCUAUUUACUUCUUUGAGGAGAAAGAAUGGAGUAGCAGCUGCGAGAAGGUUGCUAAAUCCAUUGCAGACAGAAUACCUAGAGAUUUAAACUGCUUGAGGGCUGUAGAUAGUAUUUUAGGAGUUGAUACUCGCAGCAAGCAACUCAGAAGUGUUGUAGCUUCUCAAUUCCUUGCAAGUUUUUAUACUGAGCUUCAAGUGACUGAUGCAAAGGAUCUCCUGAAAUUUCUGUUGUCAAAUAAUCUGAAAGACAAGAACUGCAAUUUCUCCAAGAUAUAUCUGUGUUUAGUUCUUACUGAAAACUGGCUUCUUUUCCGUACUGAAACCGGACCUCUGGUCAACGAACUGUGGCGCAGCUUUAUCCACAAGUGUUCGAUCCAAAUAUCCAACACCAAUUAUAGACCUUUUGCUCAAGAGAUCCGUAACAGAGCUUCUUAUCUUCUGCAUAGCACAGUCAGAGGCUGAUGAAUUUUGAAUUUUGAAUUUUGAAUUUUGUGAAGAUAUGUGAUGCCUAUACAUAUUGCAGAUACUUUUUAUUGGCUAACGGUAGACCAAGCUGAUGCAAGAUAGCGAGGAUCUGCUCAUCAGUGCCUAGUCUCUUAUCGAUUAUAUGUUGAGAAAACACUUGAGCUAAUAUUUUGUAGGGUAGUUCAGCACCUGGCUUCAGUUUUAGGCUUCUCUUCUACAACUUGGUUGGAUAUGUAAUCCUCUUUUGUACAAAUGACCUAAAUGUUCUACCUAAACUAGUUGUCUAAUGAACAUUUGACAUUCUAGACUCCUAGACAGUAUUAUUACUAGUGUUAUCUUACAAGUAAUUAAACAAAUACUUCAUCCAUUUCAAAA